UUUAGGAAAGUUUGGCAGGUGAUGGAUAUAUCAAUCUCCAUUAAUAAAGAGUGGAGAUCCAUACUGCUUACACUCUCAGUCUCAGUCACACACACACUUCCGCCUCUGCUUCGAAUUUCAGCUUCGUUUCCGAUCGCCAGCUCUGAAUUCGUCGGCUUCGUCUCCAUCUCCGUCUACGGAAUGAAUCCUCAAAACUCAGUUAUGGUGAUGGUGAUUAUGAUAAGUAGUUUGGUUGUAACGAGUGAUUGGACAAAAGUGGAUGUGAAAGAGUGCUACAAGAAUUGGCCUGAUGAUUGUAAAUUUGGGCUGUUGAAAGCGAUAUGCAGCGAUCCUACAUGGGGUGUUUGUUGUUCUUUCAUCAUUCAGAAGAAGAUUAGUGAGGAUUGCUACUUUGGAAUUGCUAAUGACUUACUAAACAAUUACCCUUGUCCAAACCCAGAUGAGGCUCGUAGUGUCGCUUUAAAUAUGUAUACCAAUUGUAUAGGCUAAUACACCUAUAAUUUAUUGCAAACGUCAUUUAAUAAUUGUAUUUUAUGGAUA